CCAGUGUCUCGGCGGCGCUUUCAAAUUGUUUGUUUCAGCAAAAACAGUCUGUCGGGUUCAUCUCGCUACAUUUAUCAACGUCUUUUCACUUCUGACCGCUUUCUAAAUGUACUCACCUGAACAUUGAUGCCACAAUGGAAGAGGAGGGACUGAUCAACUUCAAAGCUCUGAGGGCCAAGUUUCAGGAAGAGGCUCUCCUGGCUCAAUCCAAAGGCAGUCGACCAGUUGUUGCAGAGAAACCCAGACACUUUCCUCCUCCUGGAGGUCACUGCAGCUCAGUGGUUAGCAGUAUUCAUAUUGCUGUAGAAAACAAGACACCAGUGGUUCCCCGGGUCAUCUUCAGAGAGGGGCUGCGGACAUCUGGAGGCAAGCGACCAAUUUCCUUUCCACCACAGCCUCAGCAGACCUCCCCCCCAUCCAAGCUUGCUAAUGGAGACAACACAACAAGACAGUCCCUCAAAGACCGACACAUGCCUCUGGUGCUUCCUGUCCUGCCUGUAAAAGAGCAAAAGACCAAACUGCCAGCCAGAAUGGAGCACAACCUAGAACCACAGCCAGUGAAAGAAGUCAUGCCACAGACAAAAAUCAAGAAGAAAGGUUUGCUCCUUCCUUUCAAGUCAGCCAAAGCAUCAAAAGUCAGUGCGGAAAACGGAGUCGAGCCGACUUAUGCUGAUCUGACCACCAGACCUUCCAGUGCUCCCGGCGAGUUGCCCUCUGUAGAAAAACAAAGCAGAGAGGAUGGGGUUUCUCUCCAAGGUGACCAAUCAACCGCUGAGUUCCCCCUCUCCAGCCCAGAUAUCCCAGUCACCCCUCCAUCCGCAGAGACAAGCGUCGACUCGGACAACAAAAUCAUUAGUACCUUGGAGAGGGCCAAGAAGAAGUUUUCACGCAGGCAAAUGUUGAUCUCUGUCAGACCUAAGAGCUUGUGUUCCCCUGACUAUGUUUCAAGAGAUAAGGCUUUUCCUUUGCCGCCACAGACCACUGAGAGUGUUGAGGCUCAUCUACCCAUACCCCCACCAGUCUGUCCUCCACACCUGACUUGUAUUUCAGCGCGGCCUUUCUUCAAAGCCAACACCUUUGCGCGCAAGUCUCCGUUGGACAAACCCUUUGGCAGGGGUAAAGUUCCCUCUGUCAGGACUGGUGAACCUCGUCCACCCUCUGCUCCUCCAGCGAAGCCUCUACCUGACUUAAGGUCACUGGGACCAUUACCACCGAAGCCCCACAGACCUCCCUUUGUAGAUCUCAGCUGUUACCACCUACCCACAGCAAACGAGGUGUCACCAGGUCUUAGCCAAGCACCAAGUGAAGAGCCAGAGCCUGAGCACCCAUCGUCUGUGCUUGACGCUCCAGAGUUUCCAGACUUUGAGAAUUCAGAGAUGGAAACAGCAGAGGGUGAAGCUGUUGACCUCAGUGCAUUAGAACUGGAGUCCUUAGACUUGGUCAGCACUGACUCUCCUGUACCAGACUGCGGUGUCACCGAUUGUGAGGGUCAACAACCUGACAUGUCAGUGUGUGGUCCUGUGGAGCCCCUUAUGAGCAUGGGCGUUCAAGAUGUGAACCUUGGCAGUGAAAACAUUAUACCCCUCCAUCCAGCCUGCUUCCCUGAACCAAUAAACCUUUCAGAGUUCCCAGAGUGUGCUGGACCAGAGCAGUGGUCUCAGAGUGAGGAGGUGAGCAGCAUAGAUCUUCUGUCUAACUCUCAAGCUGAUGAGACUGAUCUGGGAGCUGCCGAGUCUCCCUCUGCUGCACAGGAAUCCGCUUUGAAUGAUGGGAUUCAACCACACACAAGUGUGAAUCAACAGGACAGUUACUAUGAGGCGUGCGAUAAUGUGUAUGAGGAUGUCGAGAACCUCAACAAAUUUAUCUUGGGCCAGAACUCGCGGAAACGUAAAGGUCCUCUGAAGAAUCCAUAUGCCGACAACCACCCUAUGAAAGAGGAGGCAUGUCUUAACAUAUGGCCGCGGAAUCCAUGGGGUAGUGUAUCAGGAGAACAUGCACAUUCAGCCCAUAAUCAUAUCCUCAGUAAAGAACGCCAGAGCCCCAACACUGCAGACCAUAAAGAACAGAAGAAGAGGGAGAAGCAGCGACUGGAGAAGGAGAAAAAGGAGCAGAAAGAAAGGGAGAAGAAGGAAAAUGAAAUGAAAAAGAAGUUCAAAGUGACCGGCGAAGAGGAGCCCAUGUACCACGCCAAGGUGAUGGUGGCUAGCAAGGUUCGCAAGAAUGACCUGCCUGUGAAGAGUGGGGACACAGUGAGCAUCAUUCGCACCACCAGCUGCCCCAAAGGCAAAUGGUUGGCUCGAGACGCCAACCACAAGUAUGGUUAUAUUUCAGUUAUGAAUGUGGAACUAAAUAUCAAGGAGAUGCUGGAACUUGGCAAAAAAGCCCAAGCAGGUGGACGAGGAGGAAACCAGGAGGGAGACACCAUCAGCAUUGGGAGCAGAUCCUCUAGCCAUCCUGUACUAACAAGCAGCUUCACAGAUGACAGUGAGGAGUGGGCCUGCGAAGAUGAGACCCUCUCACCCUCCAUUGAAAGCCACUUUCCCCAGCAGACUGCCUCAAUGUCUGACAUGUGACCAGACACGAGGCCCUGCAGAAACUAGCCAUCUUCUUCCAACACAGCAAAGAUGAAUUUGGUGGCAGUGGAGAAGCCACCCCGACCAAUGCUGAGCCACCAAACCUCUUGCGUGCUGUUGAGGAGCCUCCAUAUCUUGAGCAGGAGGUUGACUUCACAGAGCUGGAGCUUCUUCCUCCCCCACCGCUAUAUGCCGACACCUUCUGAUCACUACAUGGAGCAAAAUGGAGACUGUCAGUAUAAAGAACUGUUAGGAUUUGAGACCCUUGUUUAACCCUCUACAGUGGAAGAAACCAUCAUAAAGAGAUCUGCUGAUGUGACUGUACUAUAAUUCAGAUUUCACCUUUUUGUUCUGUUGUGCCUGUCGGUACAUUUUCACAUUGCGUUCUGCACUUUGUUCUUUUCUCUGAUGUCACUGUUAAUGGAGCACAAAUUGAAUCAUUGCUCUUUACUCAAAAUAAAUGACAAUGACCUUUAAGUAGCCAGCUGUUAAUUUGUAGUAGCUUACAUUUAAGGAUUUGUUUGUGAAUGUUUCUUUGAAUCAGCCUUUUGCCUUACAUCAAAUAAAUAUUUGUCAUUGACUUUUGA